UUUUUUUUUUCUACUCCCGUCUGGCUUUUCCUCUUUUUUCUUUCGGCUUCUCCAAAUCAACUUUUAUCUUUCUUUCCUUUCUUCUCUUUUUUUCUCUGACAAUAUACAAUCUUGGUGAAUAUGUAUCGCGAACUUGGUCUCCUUGCGGUAUUGCUUUUACCAGUGAUUCUUAUUUAUCUUUCACGAAAUGAACAUCUUCAACCCAAAACUAAAUCGAAAAAGUCCAAAAAGAAGAACAAGAAAAAGACCAAAUCUACUGAAGGAACCACUACGGACAACAACAACAACAACAACAACAACAACAAUGGCCAAUCAACACGGAACAAUGAAGGGUCUAGUAUAACGGGUGAUGUCACAGUACAAAAGGAUCUAGAUUCAAUUUCAUCAGCAACAAUUGUCUUACCUACCACCAGUCAAGAUGAGACAAAAGCAUUGAACACCACCACCAAAACACAACAACAAAAGAAAAAAGGUAAAGGGGGUAAGAAGCAACAUCAAACUUUACCAAAGUCAGAAUUCCCUCCUUUACCCACAUCAUCACCUCCACCAAGUACAACGCCGCAGCAACAAGAAGGACAUAAAGAAAGAGAAAUUGAUGAACAUAUGGAUAAUACAGUAAGAUACUCACGUGUCAUGCGUAUUCGAACUGAACCUGCCACCACUCCAUUAACCCCUGUGCCUUAUGAAGAGGGAUGGGAUCAAGUCAAAGUCAAACCAAAUUCAUCAUCAUCAUCAUCAAUACCACAAGUAGAAGAACCUUUAACCAAAAAACAACGGUAUAAUCGAACUUUGGCAGCACGCAAGAAAGAAGCAAAAGCACAAGCAGAUGCUUUACAAGCACAAAGGUUACGGCAACAUCAACGUGAAUUAGAAAAGGAAAAGAUAGCAGCAUUUUACAAGACAGGUGCAGGCAAGCAUACGCCAUGGGGUGCCAAACCAAUUCCUGGAUCAAGCAAGGUUCCUACUGGCAAGGCUGGAUUGAAUGAACAUGGGCAAUUGAUUUGGGAUUAGUGUAGUUUUUUUUAUUAGUAGAUACAUUUGUCAUUCUUAUUCUGAUGAAAUAAAUAUAUAUAUAUAUAUAUAUAUA